AUGCGAGCGUGGGUCCUCCUCUCCGCGGUGCUCUGGUACCUCACAAGAGUUGGAUGGCCUCGUUUUUCUAUAUUCGAAGAGGAUGGCUCUGCUUAUGGCAAGCCAGCCUACCCAGUGAAAAUAUAUAUAAGAUUACAUCAAAAUAGCCCAGUCCUUAACUGUAUGGAUUUAAAACUUGCUAAAAAAGAAAUGGUUGAUCCCACCUACUUAUGGAUUGGGCCUAAUGAAAAGAUGUUAACAGGAAAUAAUCGAAUAAGUAUAACUAAAACCGGAAAGCUGAUGGUAAAAGAUUUUCUGGAGCCUUUGUCUGGACUUUACACAUGUUUUCUUUCCUAUAAGUUUGCCAUAGCAGAAACUCAAGAAGAAAAGACAAUAAAGAAGAGAUAUGACUUCCUGAUGUUUGCCUAUCAGGAACCUGGUUAUUCAUAUCAGAUGGCUGUACGUCUUACCACAAAGUCUUGUAUAAGAAGAAGAUACAAUGACCUGCUCUUUAGAGUGCUGAAGAAAAUCUUGAAUAAUCUAAUUUCUAAUUUGUCGUGCCAUGUCACAGAACCAUCAUAUAAAUGCCAUUCUGUUGAAACUCCAAGACAUGCCCUCAUACAUGAACUAUUUAUAGCCUUCCAAGUUAAUCUUUUUGCUCCAGGGUAGAAAGGUGCUUGCAAUGAAUCUACUGACUGUGAAGAUAUCACUAACUAUAAUAUCCUUCAGGCAAGAGAUCGAAUAGAAGAAUUUUUUCCGCGCCAAGCACAUAUAUUCUCCCAUAACUUUAAUAAAACUCUACCAGCUAUGCAUUUUGUAGACCACGGUUUUCAGAUAGCACGUCUGGAUAGCUGUCGACCGGGCUUUGGAAAAAAUAUCGUUCUACACAGUAACUGUGCUAGCUGUGUAGUUUGUAGCCCUGGGACUUUUAGUCCUGAUGUUGAUGUUAUUUGUCAGACCUGCAUUUCCAUUCAUAUCUACGGAGCUAAAUUUUGCCCAUAAACUUCAAACAAAAAUCAGCGAUAUGCAGACCAGAAGUGAAAGCAUUGUUACUUGUUGGUGGAGGUAGGGGACAUAGGAUGAUUUGUUCACAUCCCAGAGCAUCAUCUAUAGUUUAAGAUCAGUAAAUGUAAGACCAAACACUAGAAAUCAUAGUUUUUGAAACUU